UUCAAAAAAAGAAGAUGAACGAUAUAACUCAUUUUGUGAAAAAAGGUGGGAAAGCUAUGGAAAACUUAGACAAAACAUAAACACUAGAAACAACGUUAGUAUUCAAUUUUAUUUAUUCAAAAACAAUUCAUUGAACAUUACAUUAUUAUCCAUAUAUAAUGGCGGAGAAGUUAGAAGACCUGAACUUACCCAACGCCUCAGUGCAAAAAAUAAUCAAGGAAGCUCUACCGGAUUCUGUAAAUAUUGGUAAAGAUGCUAGAUCUGCUCUUUCUAGAGCAGCGUCAGUUUUCGUUUUGUAUGUUACCUCGCAGGCCUCCAAUGAAGCACAAAAAAGCAGCAGGAAAACAUUGGUUGGAAAAGACGUUAUCAAAGCUUUAGAAGAAUUGGAAUUUGAGAGCUUCAUUCAGCCUAUGGAGGAAGCAUUAAAAGAAUUUAAAAAUUCAAAACCAAAAAAGCAAGUAAAAGCGAAGAAAUCCAAUGAAGAUGAUCACAAUGAAGCAGAAGAUGAUCAUAAUGACACAGUAGAAGAGAUGAAUCAAGAUGAAUGAAUUUUAUUUAGUUACAUUGAAUUGUUCAUGAUUAGUUGUAAGGGGUUUGUUAUUUUUGUUAUAAAAUUACUAAGAAUCAAAUUAUUUAUUAUUGACUGUGCAGAUGAGCAGUAUCAUAGCUGAUUCGUACACUAAAUAAUACAUUUUUUACUCUAAGAAAUUUGGUGUAUGAAUCAGUCAUCACUGUUCAUUAUAUAUGAAUCUGAGGGAGCUAUUCUGCUCAAAAAUAAUAUUAAGGACUACCUGAAUUUCAUGUAAAUACAGCUAUGGGUUGUAUAGUCAUAAUUUAUUGAGUUUUUUCAGUAACUUGCAGAAAUAAAAGUUAAAUGGAAAAUGUAUGUUGAUAUGUAUAUUCGAAACAUUUUCAGCGUAGAUCAACUUAUGUACUAAUUCAUGAAGUUGUCAUUAUGUAAAUAAAUGAAAACAUUCA